UGAAGGCGGGUAUUACACUAGCGUAGGAUUGAGUUAUAGUACACGUGCACUAUAAAUAAUCUUUUGAGGUGUAUGACGCUAUAGUCAAUAGACAAUUGUGUACGUAACGUAGAACAUCUCGUGUGGUGUAUUGGUAUUCGCUCGCCCCAUAUAUUUUCUCGUUUACGCAGAGUCUUUAUCGAGUUUGAUUCGCGAUAAGCUGCGCCAUGCCGUCGGUAAUCUUAUCAAUGAGUGAUAAUAGUUGGAGUUGUCAGUGAGUUACGGGCGCCGCGCUCUGAUGGUCCUUGUCGCGACAGGUAACUCCUGAUUCCCGUCCGUCCGCGCAAUCAGUGGCCAUGAAACAAAAACGUCUCUUCUUGCUUUGCUUGGGAAUUCUUGCCGCUAACGUUGCGGCCGCGCAGAAUGGAGAGCUACACAUACCUUUGGAGAGCGAUAAUCAAUUCCCGCCAGAAGAACAUGCAGAAACAGUCGACAGUCCCAUAGAAGGCAGCGGCGAAGGAGCAGUCAGUGAACCAGCGGACACAACCACUGAAAUACAUCCCAUACCCAAAAUAGAAGAUGUAAAAUCCCCAGUCCUCUCUGACAAUGAAACUGAACCUUCGACUUCCGAAUCGAAUGUUUCCCCGACAUCAGAAACAGCUGACGGUUGCCCAAAACCGUGCGUAUGCAAUAUAGAAGGCGAUACUAAAAACUUCAUUGUAGAUUGUUCAGGCUACGGACUGACAGAGUUUCCGAAAUUAAUAGAUCCAAGAACUACAAAUUUAAAUUUGCAGAAUAAUAAGCUCACUGAGAUUCCUAAAGAAAUAUCUGAUUUGAAAAAUUUAAAAGUGUUAAAUGCGAAUAACAAUCAGAUAAUGGAAUUGGCACCUGGUUCAGUCAGCGAGCUUCCCGAGUUAGUGACACUGAAACUCGCCAACAAUCGGCUUAUUGAAUACCCCAGAGAUUUGAAGAACAGUCUAGUCCUAACCAAAUUAGAAGAAUUGGACUUGGGAGGAAAUGACAUGAGAACUAACCUGGGAUCCGAAGUAUUUCUACAAUUUAAAGGUUUAAAAAAAUUAACUUUAGCGACUUCCACACCCGAACUGCUGGAUGAACUUUGUGGAGCUUACAAGGAAACGUUAGAGACCGUGUGCACUGGAAGUUGCGAGGCGAAAACAUAUGACUGUCCCGAUACACCUCAAAAUAUAGAAGACGACUUAAUUGAAGCUACAUUACCUGGUAUGAUCGCUUUCAACGUAGGAGUCGAAGAUGGUGAUCCUAGUAUUGAAAAUCCAAACAAUGAUGCAAAUGCUACUACAGAGAAACCCGCGGAAGUGCCGGAAUCGCCACAAACAACAAAAGAAACGUCUAUUGUUACUGAAACUACAACAACUACUCAAAAAACUCAAUCAGCAGGAGAAUUUUCGUUACGUACAGCAGUAAAUAAGGAACCAGCGGAACAGGUGGCUUCAAAUUCUAUAGUGGCAAACCCUAAAGAAGAGACUGAAGCCACUACGAGCGAAACAGACGUGAAAAUCGGGGCCAAAACGAUAAGUACCAAAACUAGUGGAGUCGAUAGAAGCGUAAUUGGUAUUAUCGUAGCCGGCAUGAUUAUUGUUGUAGCUGUUGUAACCAUAAAAAAGAACUGGAGUUCGAUCACAAAACGUUUCGGAUCAUCGCCUAGACCACCGAAUAAUCGAACGGAAACCACUGCGAACGGAACAUCGCCGGAAGAAGUUCCAUUACAGGACAAGUCACCUGUUUAAUUAACCCUGUAUGAUAUUUGUAUAAAUGGUUUCGAUCUGAAUGAUGUCAUUUUAACUGGGACAACAUAUAAUUGAAAAAUAUUCACAGAAACGCAAAUUAGUGAAAUGUGAUUAUACCGUGAGGAUUACAUUUGUAGAGUGGUAUGUAAGAGGCAAAAUACUAGAAUAAGAUUUACUAAGGUAGCUUAAAAUAUGUAAAUAAAUGUAUACAGCUUCAAUAAUAUA